UUCAAUAAAGUUUAUCUGGCUGGGUACAGACAUGGGAGCUGUUACAGAUGAUGAAGUUAUACGGAAACGUCUUCUUAUUGACGGGGACGGAGCUGGCGAUGACCGCCGCAUCAAUGUGCUGCUAAAGAGUUUCACCAAAUGGUGCCAUUCGCCUGGGACACUGGAUGAAUGCUUUACGCAGUAUCAGCGGAUGUUGGGCACACUGGCCCAGUGCGAGUCCUCCAUGGGGAAGACGUUGAUGGUUUAUGACAUGAAUCUUCGGGAAAUGGAGAAUUAUGAGAAAAUCUACUCUACCAUAGAACAAAACAUCAUGUCAGCGCAUGACAAGAUAGCAGAAUGCAAAAAGGAAAUUCAGAGGGCAAAGAGAAUACGGAAGAAUCGCCAAGAGUAUGACGCUUUAGCCAAGGUUAUCCAGCAACACCCAGACCGGCACGAAACACUAAAACAGUUGGAGGCCCUUGACAAAGAACUCCAGCAACUGUCUCACAUCAAGGAGAAUGUGGAUGCAAAGUUGGAGUUAAGGAAGAAGCAGUUUCAUGUACUACUCAGUACCAUACAGGAACUCCAGCAGACCCUUGAGAAUGAUGAAAAAUCAGACAAUGACGACAACAGUCAGGAGAGUCCUGCAGAGAAUGGUGAAUGAACACAUAGAGGGCCUGACUAGAAUAAGAAGUUAACUGCUCUUAAAUGAUUUUGUUGUUGUUUAAGAAUGAUUUUUGUAUGUAUUAUUGAAUAAAGUUGACUUGUCUUUG